GUGCAUUUUGAUAUGAGUUCAUUUGUUUGCUUGCUUUUGUUUUCAUUCGACGUGCAAUUGAUUAAUACGUUGCAACGAUAUAGAAAUGGCCCCGUCAGCGUCCGACGAAGACUAUAGAAGUCUCACUCAAGUGUCACCCGCUCUAACCGAAGACAAGAUUAACAGCGCCCUCUCUGAUUGGUUUAGAGAAUCUGUGGUAUUCACACGAUGGGAGUACGUCGGAGAAAUAGGCAAAGGCGACUCCUAUUUAAGCGAAGUCCGUAAAAUACGAAUUCACGGUGUAAAUCACUAUGGUGUUGACAGAAAUAUACAAGUUAUAUUGAAGACGAUACCACGUAACAUCUGCAGACGUCUCACUUUUAGAAGUGACCAGUUCUUUAAAAAUGAAAUCGCUUUCUAUACAAAAGUUCUACCUAAUCUAUUACAAUUCCAAUCAACAACAAAGGUAACUGAGCCAUUUGAUAGUAAUGUUGAAUUAUUUCUGACACAUUGUGAUGGUUUAAACGAUGCUAUUUGUUUAGAAGACGUCUCUAACCAAGGAUAUGAGAAUAUUGUACGACAAGAAACAAUCGAUUUGGAACAUUGUAAGGCUACUAUAAAAACAUUAGCCAAAUUCCACGCACUAUCCUUUGCAAUGAAAGAUCAAGAGCCAGAAAAAUUUGCAAGAAUAAGCAAAGAAAUUUCAGAGACAUACUUUGAUUAUAAAUUAUGGGAUUGGUAUAAAAGAUUCUGGGAUAGAAUAAGUACUAUAGCAAUAGAUGCUGUUGAAAAAGAAUAUCCAGAUUCAAUAUAUUUGAAGAAAAUAAAAAAAUUCGCUGUACCUGAUACUUAUUUCAAAAUGAUUAAUGCAGUUAAUAAUAAACAAAACGCAGUUAUAUCACAUGGUGAUCCUUGGACUAAUAACUUUUUGUAUAAAUAUAAUAAUAAUAACAUAAUUAAUACAAAAAUAAUUGAUUUUCAAUUAUCCAGAUAUGCUAGUCCAGUACUUGAUUUAAGUUAUUUUAUCUAUAACAGUACAAGUCAAGAUUUAAGACUUAAAUAUUACGAUGAUCUGUUGAUAUAUUAUUACAAAGUUUUGGCUACACAGAUCAAAAAUAUGGGCAGUGAUCCAGACAGAAUAUAUUCCUGGGAUAAAUUUAUGAAUGAAGUAAAGAGAUAUUCGUUCUUCGGUCUGGUUGCCAGUUUUGAAAUGACGCCACUAAUAAUAUUGGAUCCGGAAGAAGCAUUUGAUUUAGAUAUAGAGGGGAAUCAAGAAGUAAACAUUGAUGAAAUGUGGAAUAUCGGUCCGAUAAAAAAUAAAGAGAACAGAAGAAGAUCUGCUGACAACGUAGUACAUUGUGUUGAUAAUGGUUACAUAUGAAAUGAAAAAAUGCAAACGUUAUCAUGGGAAUCCACUGUCCAAACAAAACAUAACACUUAACCUCUUGAAGAAUUUUUCUUGCUGAACAUUUCGAAAAUCAACUCUCGAUUAGACUUCAAACUUGUAAGAUACACUCUACAGCAGGUUAAUGCAUCUAUUAUAUGUAGUUACGAGAUGAGAUU